UGACUCCACCUCAUGAUGCCGUUUAGCAACAGAUGAGCAGCGUUUCGUGAUCCUGUUGAGGGGGGCGGGCAGCACAGACCAGAGACCCAAAGACCAGAGACAGUAAGGGGAACACCUCUGACUAAGGACGGGGGGGGGAGUAAUGUUUGCCAGGGUCGCGGUGCUUCCCGUCUCGUAGCAGGUUCACUCUGGACCCCCCGGAACCCCCCGGACCCCCCCUCGCGUGUGUUUCAGUUCGCUAUGGAGGUCCUGUGGACGGUUCCGCUGCUGCUGCUGAUCCCGCUCCUGAUGUGGACCAGCAGCACGUUUGUUUUCUAUUUCAAAAAGUGCUUUUACGUCGCCUACAUGAUGUGCUUGGCCCUGUUGGCGAUCCCCCUGUGCGUCCUGAAAAGCGGAGGCAGAGACGUGGAGAACAUGAGGAUUAUCCGCUCCCUGGUCCGCCAUGUGAAGUAUUUCUUGGGUCUGCGGUUUGAAGUGAGCGGCUGGGAGCAUCUGCAGACGGAGGGACCCUACGUCAUCAUCUCCAACCACCAGAGCUCCCUGGAUGUUUUGGGUCUGAUGGAGAUCCUACCCGACCGCUGCACCAUGAUCGCCAAGAAGGAGUUGGUCUACGCCGGCACCGUGGGUCUCGUCUGCUGGCUCGGCGGCAUCGUCUUCAUCAACCGCAAGAAGACGAGCGACGCCAAGAGCGUCAUGACAGAUGCUGCCAAAACCAUGUUGGACGAGCAGAUUCGUUUGUGGGUAUUUCCGGAGGGAACGCGAAACCAGAGAGGCGACCUGCUGCCUUUCAAAAAAGGAGCUUUCCACCUGGCGGUGCAGGCACAAGUGCCCGUCAUCCCCAUCGUCUUCUCCUCCUACAGCAACUUCUACCUACGGAAAGAAAAGCAGUUCAACUCGGGCGUCAUCAGAUUGAAGAUCCUCCCAAAGAUCGACACGAAGGGGAUGACGUCAGACGACAUCACAUCCCUCUCCGACAAAUCCUUCAACGUGAUGCGCUCGGCCUUCUUGAACAUCUCCAACUCCGUAACCCAGAGCAACGGGCCGACGCGGCACUGAACACUAACCAUUAACCCCUGCGCCGCCUCCCUCUCCCUGCCCUCCCUCCCCCAGACUCUCUCUCUCUCCCCCCUUCCCCCCUCCCGCUGUCCUGCCUCGGGUUGUCUCAUUGCCUGGCCAGGACAAAAACAACAUGACACAGUUCUCUUGUCAUGAAAGCUCUCCUUGUCUGGUCCGCCUCAGGCCUGACAGCACAGCACAGCCAGUCCCGACCCUCACCGAGCGAGCAGCCGCCGCCGCGCUGCUCUGCACGACGUGAGCGGAGUGACGGACGGCGAGCCGAACAGUAUGGAUGUGUUGUUUUUAAUGCAUGCCUUUUUAUUUUUUUUGGCCUUCAUCUUUUGCUUCUUACUUUGUUUGCCUUUAUUGCCAUUUUGUACCUUUUUAUUUUUAUUUUAAGCCGUUUUAGCGUACCGCCGUUUUCUCAAUUCUCACACCGUCUUCCUUUGGUUUAAGUUUUCUUUGAGACACAGACACACCUUCAAAGUACUCCUUCCUUCCUUCUCCUUUUAGUGAGUUAUCUGCUUUUAUUUUGCAUUCCAGUGUCUUGCCCAAAGACAAAAGGAGCGAGGUCUCCGUGCCGCAGUGAAGGCACGGAGGUGAAGGUCGGCUGUGGACUCGUUUAGUCCUUUUGACACCAACUCCAUAAUCUCAUUUCAAACUCAACAAGUAGACGCUCCAUGACAUAAAUCAAGAGAUUCCAGGGGGGUGGGAGCCACAUAGUUGAACAACAGCACCCAGCUGUACUGAUUUACUGGACCACAGCGGACGGACCAGUUCUCAAUGUUGUGCAUUGUUGCCGUUUGUUCACUCUCUGCGUGCAGCUUCCAGCAGCAAGUGUCUUCUCGCUGUUUUCUCUUUUACUGCUUUAUUUUAUUAUUUCUAAAUCGGGUAAUCCUUAUUUCUUUUUUUUUUUCUUCUUUGAAAGGAUUUUUUCAUCAGGCUGAACUCAGAAGAGAAAUCUAUUUAAGACGUGUCAAAAAAAGGUGAUUUCAUAUUGUGCAAUGUUAAACUGUUUUUUUUUGUUUUUUGUUUUUUUUUAAAGCAUUUCUGCUCCAAAGUGCAAGCUACCUGCUGUGCCAUGACGUCACGUAUUGGGGGGUAAAUGCCCAAUGACAGCUCGUAAUUAUGUCAUUAUAAACCUGUUUACUCAUCAACUGACUGAUUCAAUGUGACACCUAGUCCCUGUCCAAGUGAUCGAGGGAUGUUCCUGCUAAAACAAAUAAGGGGGGGGGGGACUGGUGAUAAAUUGUGAAAAAGAUUCAAAGCAUUUUGAUUUGACUUGGUUUGAUUUUAAUUCUUCUACUUAUUUUACUAAUUGACUAACAAUCCUGACAAAGUCCUAUGGAAGCCCUAAGAGGACAAUCAUCCCAUAUUUUUUUUUUUUUCACUCCGUUUCCUUCUUUCCCGUUGUUUUAUCGACAUUUUAAGUUGUCUGCUCGUUAUUGAGGGAUACAAAUGCUGGAAAUCCAGUCAUCCAACAUCCGAGUUAAGAUGUUUCUAACGAUCUUAAGCAAUAAACCUGUCACAGUUCUCAUCUCAAGAUGAUGACACCAAGAAGUCGAGAUCUCAAGUGAACAACUGUGAAUAACUCGGCAUCAUGGGAGAACGGAGUAAAGUAAAACAUUUGGUUUAGAUUGAUCAUCUGUGGCACACUGAAAAUGACUUUACUGUAUUUUAAAGUGAGUGAACAACGUGUUCCGCCUGCAGCUUCCUCAGGUUCGCCCAGCGCUGGGAAACAACAGCAGUGCACCCUGAGGAAGCUGCAGCGAAACACGUCGUUAGACAAAAAAUACAGUAAAGUCAUUUUCAGUGUGCCAUGAAUUAUUGAUUUAUUUUUCAUGGGUAGUUCCUGCAACCGUGCGCCCCUGAGAACGUAUGGGCUGUGCAGGGCGUACCCUGUUGGCUAUUUCAAAUAUUGUCCCCCUAGGGCUUCCGUACAAGUCGACUGUACAUCUCUAAAUUUAUUUUUAAUCAAGCGGGAAAACAUUGUUUUACUCGUGAUGUUCAAACUCACCCUCGGUUGGAGAAUAUUAGAUUAUUUAAAAAGUUGUGGAAAUUUUGGCCUUAACUUGAGUUUGAUUGAUUUUUGUCGUUGUUGCACUUUUGGGAUUGUUCGGCUGGUUUGCUAACGAUAAAUUGAAGUGUGUGUUUUUAUUUUUAUUUUUUAAUGUGAACUGGUGGCAACUUCUCACCAGGGGAGAAGUGACUGAACAGGUUUUUAUCCAGGUCUUAACAUUUCACAUCUCUCUCGCCUUUUGUUUUGCAGACUUGAUUCUUUUGCAGCUUUUUUACCCCUCAAACCCCCGUCUUGAGAAUGUAUCGAUGCAUUCAGGAUAUUUGUGUAUGACUAAUUGCAUAUUAAUUUAUGACAUUAUUGUAUUCAAGUGGGAUGUUGUUUUGGGAUUUACAACAAGGAAAUGUAUUUAUUUGACCAUUAAAUGUUUAAAUUUAGACUUGA